CUACUACUGAUUCGCUUGAUCUUCAUGACCCAUCAUCUUCCAUUCUCGCCAAACCCUUCUUCGUCUUCGCUCGCUGCUCUUCUCGGGUAUAAAGUUUAACCAAUGGCUUCAGCCUUCCGAUCUUUCUGGAAUAGCCCUGUGGGUCCUAAAACCACUCAUUUUUGGGGACCUGUUGCGAACUGGGGCUUUGUUCUUGCAGGUUUGGUAGACAUGCAAAAACCUCCAGAAAUGAUAUCUGCCAACAUGACAGCAGCCAUGUGUGUGUAUUCAGGACUCUUCAUGAGGUUUGCAUGGAUGGUUCAGCCACGGAACUAUCUCCUUCUAGUUUGCCAUGCCUCUAAUGAAACCGUUCAGCUUUAUCAUUUAUCACGCGUUGCAAGAGCCCAAGGGUACCUGCAGAAGAAAGAGACAGAGAAAGAGACAGAAAAAGAGAAGUGAAUUACAGAAAAACUCCAAAAUCAAGACUGGUUUCAGUGCAAAUACAAUCUUAAUUGAACUACAAUGCAUCAAUUUCCCCACUAAAACUAUUGUUAUCUUUCAAAAAAAUUGUGCCAUUUGCUUCUUUGUUAUUUCAAUCAUUUUUUGUGAUUGCAAUGCAAUGUUCACAGCAAUUUAACAGUAAUCUUUUUUAUAGA